UCGCAGCCUGUCUUUGGAAUUAAGCUGAUCGGCUUCCUCCCAGCUCCCUCCCAUCUCCACCCCCCCUUCCUCGUCCUCUCUAACCCCUUUUGUCUUCUCCGAGGCAUAGGGAAUGGGGUAAUCGAAAGCUUCCUGUCACACUGCCCGCUUGGAAUCUAGCUCUCAUCGACACUUACCAUUUCGGCGGACUGUCGGGGGGGGAGGGGAUUCCCUCUUCUCUCCCCCGCGUCCCCCAGAACCUCCCCUCCAUCCCCACGGCCUCCCGCUGCCUGCCUGGCCGAUGAUACGGUGCAGAUCCGGGGGCGGAUUUCUGCUUCCCCCGGAGUCCCCGCAGAGGAUUUCUCCAAGCGUAAAAGAGAAAACGGGGCUCGACAGCUGAGGCUGGCUCCAUGUAUCCGGAAUCUACCACGGGCUCUCCCGCACGGCUCUCCUUGCGUCAGACUGGCUCCCCGGGCAUGAUUUACAGUGCUCGGUACGGGAGUCCCAAACGUCAGCUCCAGUUUUACAGGAAUCUUGGAAAAUCUGGAUUGCGGGUCUCCUGCCUGGGUCUAGGAACAUGGGUGACGUUUGGAGGCCAAAUCACAGACGAGAUGGCCGAACAGCUGAUGACCUUGGCUUAUGACAAUGGAAUCAACCUCUUUGAUACGGCAGAAGUUUACGCCGCCGGAAAGGCUGAAGUUGUAUUAGGAAAUAUUAUUAAGAAGAAAGGAUGGAGACGAUCAAGCCUGGUCAUUACCACUAAAAUCUUCUGGGGAGGAAAAGCGGAGACCGAGCGGGGGCUGUCCAGGAAACACAUCAUAGAAGGUCUGAAAGCCUCAUUAGAACGACUGCAGUUGGAGUACGUGGACGUGGUGUUCGCCAACAGGCCCGAUCCAAACACGCCUAUGGAAGAGACCGUCCGAGCAAUGACCCACAUCAUCAACCAGGGCAUGGCCAUGUAUUGGGGCACUUCGCGCUGGAGCUCCAUGGAGAUCAUGGAAGCGUAUUCGGUGGCCCGGCAGUUCAACUUGAUCCCGCCUAUAUGUGAGCAAGCGGAAUACCACAUGUUCCAGCGGGAGAAGGUGGAGGUGCAGCUCCCCGAACUCUUCCACAAGAUAGGAGUGGGUGCUAUGACCUGGUCCCCUUUAGCGUGUGGAAUCGUGUCCGGGAAGUACGACAGUGGAAUCCCACCCUACUCCAGAGCGUCACUCAAGGGAUACCAAUGGUUGAAGGACAAGAUCCUGAGUGAGGAGGGCCGACGGCAGCAAGCAAAGCUGAAGGAGCUACAAGCCAUCGCGGAGCGCCUGGGCUGCACCCUGCCCCAGCUGGCCAUAGCCUGGUGUCUGAGGAAUGAGGGCGUCAGCUCGGUACUACUGGGAGCUUCCAAUGCAGACCAACUAAUGGAGAAUAUCGGAGCAAUACAGGUCCUGCCAAAGUUGUCGUCUUCCAUCGUCCACGAGAUCGAUAGUAUUUUGGGCAAUAAACCUUACAGCAAAAAGGACUACAGAUCCUAAUUCCCCAGGCAGACCACCGGACGGUUACUGCCUCACACCCAGUCUCCUGUCCGCUCGCUUAAGCCAAACUGAAGCAAAGUCAAGAGUGUGGUUGGCAUCAGAGACUACAACUCGUCGAGAUGUUCUAGGGAUGUUGUUUUAAAAAGUUGCUGCAAGACAACCUGUGCUGCUUACUGUAAUGAAGUUUAUUUUGUUUGCAAGAUGACUCACAGCUUAGGAAGGGCUCCCACCCAGACCCAGGCCUUCCGCUCAGCCUCCUGGAACAGAAGACCGAGGUUUUUCCACUUUGGAAGGAAUUCCCGGAAGUCAAGAUCCAGAAUGGAAAUGGCCAGCCUCCUCCAGUCAGGGCCGGGGCCUAUCCCUCCAGGAAAAGCUCACUGCCUAAAUUGGUUUUGUGACAAAGCGACCUGGGAUUGUUGCUUCCAGUGGCCGCAGGGCCCCUCAGUGUGAGGAGGUAAGGAGUCCUUGGCUCUGAGCAGCUCAUCCCGGAGCACCCCUGCCCCUGCACCCAUUAUGCCUGGCCCUUCUGCUCUACAGUCUGGGCUUCCGGGCUGGGACCGUCAAGCCGCUGCCUGCUGCCACGCCGCCACCCUCCUCCCCACCCCUGCCCGGCCCCCUUCCCCGGGCAGGGUGGGCGCCUCGCAGGCGAGAUGGGGCAACUCCUAGAGGGGUAGGGGGCACCGGCAUGCCCUCCCUGUGGCCUGACCUCAAGCUUCAGAUGUAAAGUCAGCACGGACUCAUCCUUAGGACAGAUCGGGCUCUGGACCCCAGGCCUCUGCGCUCCCUUUCCCAAGCACCCCCAACUCCUCGUGGAGGGUCCGGCCCCACGGGGGCAUCUGCAUCAGCUCCUUCCUGGGAAUGCUUGGUAGAAAGCAAAUCUGAAUCCGCUUUGGACCCCUGUCUGCAUUACAGGACAUAUGAGAUCAGCGAUGUGAAAGCGCUUUGGAAAAUAAACGCGCCCUCUAACCUCAA